AUGAUCUCCGCACGCUCCCCCUCCGUGGCCUCCGCCAGCGCCCCCUCCUUCGCCCGCGUGCAGCGCGCCACGGCCUCCUCGUACUCCUGCGCGGGCACCCAGCCGUCCGGCCCCAGCCCGAAGAUGUCCUGCCACACCUCGCACGCCCUGCCCCCUCCGCGUCUCGCGCACACGGCGCGCCCGCCCCCGCACGCGCCGCCCCCCGCUCCGUGGCGCAGCCUGCAGAUCAAGCGUGUCGCCCGCCCACGGGUCGCCCGCGCGGUGGAACAGGCUGCGCGCGCACACGGGGUCCGUCAAGGCGUCGUGAUGCGGCGCCGUGUGCUCGAGGCAGCGGUCGUGGUAGCGGCGCCAGCGGUGACCGGUGCACUCCCUCUGCUUCCUGCUUCGGUGCGCCCAGGUUCGUCCAGCGCGUCCGCGCGUCGAGGUGCGGCGGCGUCGUGGGCUGCGAGCCGGGAUCGGGAUCGGCGUGGUCCUGGAGGCGCGCGGGCACGCCGGCGGGGAGGGAGGAGGAGCAGGGGCAGGGGCAGGAUGCAGGGGCAGGACGGACGCGUGCUGCCAGGGCCCCGUCGCGCAGGCCAGCCCGCGUCGGACGGCCUCCGCACGACGAUCGACGAUGGUGCGCUGCUGGGGAUCUGGAUGGCGGGUGCAGAGACGACCGCGCGCCGGUGCGCCGGUGCGAUGCGGAGAUGGCGCAUGGCGCUGCAAGUCCGCGAUGUGGGUGUGGGCGGACGGCGGCCGCGCCUGGUGCCGGUGCGCGUCCCUCUCCGCGCGCGGCGGGACGGCACGAGCGGGCGGCGGAGCGGCGCGAGAUACGCCGGUUCCGUGCGGGCGGCUGCUGCGAGCGCUGCGUCCGCGCUUUCGUCUGCAGCGAUUGAUCAGUUGGAGGGCGUGGUCAGACAGGGCAGAAAGCGGCGUACACGGUACACGGUCUGCGUCGCGCUGCGAUCGCCUGCCGCGCCACAUGGGCUGCCGGGUAUCUGGGCCAACGCAGAAACGCGCGUCCUUCUCCAUGAGCGGGAUGGCCGCCCUCGCGGCCGCCUUCUCCGGGUCGGGGGCGUGGGAGAGGCUUCCGCCGCGGGGAAGGACAUCGGCAUGUACUCGGUCUUCGCCGCGGCGUCGUUGAACCUGAGCAAGUGUGUAGUCGAGGAGGUCGUCAUGAGAAGUUGCCGUAAUGGAGAAGGCGUCGCCGACAUGGCACCAGACGUGCCAUGGAGGCAGCGCAUGCCGAUCGACUCGAUCAAGUGUGCAGGCCUGACGCGCCGUGCGCCUGUAGCCGCUGCCGCCGCCGUUCGCUCCCCGAUGGUAUCCGCCUCUGACGCUCGCCAUGUGCAACACCAGCUCAGCCCUCCUCUUCUUGUUUCGUCGCAGUCCGCGCCUCAGACUCCGCUGAGCCAGCGUGCGCACGUCCCGCAGCCGCGACCACGCGCAGCCUCCCGCCUCGCCUCGCACCGUCACUCCCGCGUCUUCGUCGCACACCGCGCUGCGCCCGCUCGCUCAUACUCACGCAUGUGCGAGGUCGUCCGCACGCCAGAGGUGUUCGCCCGUCUCAUUGUCGAUCGCGACCUGCGCUGCGGUCACGCGGCCCCCGAGACACGCGACGAUGCGACGACGUCGGUACGGACAAGGCAGACGCACGGGGCACCACCACUCAGACUCAGUGCCGCUGGAGAUCAGCGUUCUCGUAGCGACGUCCGCGCACCCGGACCGAUGUACGCAGCCUGCUGGAACACACGCACUCCCGACCUUCGCCUGCCCGCCGACGACACAGCCCCAAGAACGCGCGGCUCGCGCGCAAGGCGCACAAACGCACGCCUCAUCACGCGCGGCCUCGCGGACCCCCUGCCCAUCGAAAACGAAACCCAGUCGCGCCCCAAGAUCUUCGACCUCAGCGUCCGCCGCCCCGCGCCGGUGCUCGCCGUCGACGUGGGCUACACGUCCGACCCCGAGUCGGAGGCGUACGCAGGGCAGCUCGACGCGCGAGGCAAGGUCGCGCGCGGCUCCCGCGGCAGGGGCGGGGACCGCGCGGGCGGUGCGGAUGCGGAGGGCCGCGGCGAGAUCGGCCAGGGCCUGUCUCUGUCUGGCGAGGCAGUUCACGCGUCACGGAGCACGGGGCGGGUGCACGGGGCCGGGUCCACGCCCCUCCAUUUCCAUUUCCAUUUCCAUCUCCAUACGACGUGCGCACCCGUCCUUCUGCACAACCGAGUCCACGCCGGGGCGCCCAGCCCGCGCACGCCCAUCCAGACCGCGCCUGGUCUCGCGCGCGCCCGCGUCUUACGACGCCCCCGCGCGCUCUCGCGUGCCUCACACGCACCCACGCACCGAUCGAAGGGAGACCGGUCCCCGCACGUCCUCGCUGUCCCGUGGCGCGCUCUCACGCGGUACGCGCACAGCACGAGAGCGCAGAGCACGCCUACGCCCAACGGGUCGUGUGGCGCGCAAGUCGACGAGGCGGCUGCGGUAGAGGGGCGCGCUCCCGGCUACAGGAGGACGGUUAAUAUGUACAUACGACGACGGCCAUCUGCAAUGGCGUCCUCCCGCCGUGGCGCGUCGUCCGCAUCGUCGCAGCGCGAUGACUUGACCAGGCCAGCUCGCGGGGACGUGCAGACGGCGAGACGCGAACGCCUGCAGAUCGCACAUCGUGGUGGUAAGCAUCUGCAUCCGGACAUCAUUGCCUGUCGCUCACCGGUCGACACGGACGCAGGAGACGUGACGUUCGGCGGGCCGGCCGUCAGUUUCCACGCGACCGCGCACCAGUGUAUCUCAGCGGGCUACCGCCGACGGGGCCUCCCAAGCACUACCCGUUGCCCUGCCGCAGGCCUGGCAUGGCGCUCGAUGCAGGCAGAAGCGCUGCCCAAAGCUUUGUUGAUUUGCGGCUCACACAAUGGCAAGCGGGUGUUGAAGAACUCGGGAGGCAAGAUCAUUUGGCCUCAGGUGGUGUGCAUUGGUAUCUGGGAUUGUUUUGUGGCUAUUGCAUGUGCCACUGUUGAUCUGGGACUGGGCGUGAGAAGACAACAUCAAAGGCACUUCGGAUUUAUGCUUGUGAAGAAGGAUGACUGUAGCAAACAAGGACACUGGCGCGGCCACGUCUGCCGAGUGCUGCAUGAGGACUGGUGCAAAGCUGACGGUGCCUUGGCGAAGGCGUCUGAUGGUGCCUUGGCGCUAUCUGGCUGCCUGGAGGUGCAGCUGUGGAACACAAACAUGAUGACUGACUGUCGUGCAAAUUAA